AAUCCCACUCUUACCAUACGUCGAAUAGAAUCAACUAUAAAGUAGCUUUCUACUAUUUAAUGGCGUAUCAGUCAAAUAUUCGUGUAUAUAUAUAUUAGUGAGAAUGAUUUAAUUUGUCGGUUAAAAAAAAAAAAAAAAAAGGAACAGUGUUUAAUAAUAAAAAUACUUCUUUCAUAAUCUCUACACGGGAUAUGAAAAGGAAAAGAAGAAGAAGAAGAAGAAGAAAAAAAAAGUAGGAAAAGUAAAUAAAGAAAGAAGAACGAACUUGUUGUUACAAUAAAUAAUGUCUCUCAAUAAAUCGAUUAAUUAUAGACGACUUUGAACCAAACUGACUAGUGUUAGAAACAGAUAUAAAUCUCAUUUGUGAAAUGACAACAGUUUAAUUUUAAAUUUUGUUUACUUUCAUUUCACAUUAUUAUAUACUUUUAUCGGAUAGAAAACAACUUUCUCGACUGAUUAACAUUUUAAUAAGAAAUAUUAUUUAUUCAUAUAAUGAACGAAGAAACGAAAGAAGAUGAGAUACAUAUGACAACGCCUGAACUCAUAGAACAUCACGGUUAUAUACCUGAAACUCAUUAUAUUUGGACAGAAGAUGGUUAUUGUUUAACAGUACAUAGAAUCAUAGGACCCAAAACAUCAAAUGAACAAUUGACAGAUUCCAAUGUUACAUCUAACACAGAACAAAAUGUUACUGAUGACUCAGAAAUAUCAACUUUAUUAAAUGUUGACAAAUUGACACUUAAUGAAAAGCCUGAAAAUAAUUCAUCAUCCAGACCACCGGUUAUAGUAAAUCAUGGAGUACUUUCCAGUUCAGCAGAUUGGGUUUUACUUGGACCGCAGAAAGCUCUUGCGUAUACUUUGUGUCAAGCUGGUUAUGAUGUAUGGUUGGUAAAUGCACGUGGUAAUGCGUACUCCAGAAAGCAUAAAAUUUAUACACCGAAGAACAGAGAGUUCUGGGACUUUAGUUAUCACGAGGUAGGAUAUUACGAUUUACCAGCAAUAAUAGAUUAUGUUUUGGAAGAAACUGCCAAUUCGGAAUUAUCUUAUGUCGGCUAUAGUCAAGGAACUACUGCAUUUUACGUAAUGGGCAGUGAAAGACCUGAAUACAAUGCUAAAGUUAAAGUAAUGGUCAGCUUAGCGCCAAUAGCUUUUUUAUAUAAUCAACAAAGUCCAUUACUCAAAUUAGUUGUACAUUUUUAUAAUUUAGUCGAGUGGGGUUCUUUUUAUUGCAAUAUACAUCAUUGGUUCCCUCAUAGUAAGUUUCAAGCACGUGCAGUUAGUACCAUUAUUCGUAAUGCUCCUCCCGCAUUGACAAAGAGUUUUUGCAAUUGUUGGUUUCACAUAAUUGCUGGAUUUGGUAGUAAUCAAUUGGACAAAGAUAUGUUUCCUUUAAUUUUUGGACACUUUCCAGCUGGUGUUUCAGCCAAACAGAUUAUUCAUUAUAGUCAAGGCAUUGUAUCAGGAGCAUUUAGAAAAUUUGAUUAUGGGUUUAGUCAAAAUUUAAAAAAAUAUGGUUCAUCUCAACCACCAAAAUAUGAUUUAAGAAAAGUUAAAGUACCAGUGGCAAUAUUUUACGGAGAAAAUGAUUCUUUGACACAUUUUUCGGAUGUGCAAAAAAUUAUAGACAAGUUACCGAAUGUAAUAGAGACGAAGAAAAUCGAAUAUUCGAAAUUUAAUCAUGUCGAUUUUCUAUGGGGUAGAGAUGCUAAAAAACUUGUUUAUAAUAACGUUGUAGCAGUAUUAAAACGAUUCUAAUUACACUUAUAAAUAUUGGAAACCAUUUUGGAAAAAAAAAAAC